UACAUUAAUCCAAACUUUUCUUUCUUUCUUUUCUUUGUUGUGAUCUCAUCAUCUCCUGAACUUGAGUCUCAAUCAUGGCUGCAAAACUUGGGGGUAGAGCUUAUCUCUCUUCCUUUGUUGAUGCUGUUUUGAACAAGCUGUCUUCACUCGAUGUGAACUCAACCCCAGAAGCAAAGAAGUUAGCUGACCACAAGUUGUUUCGAAGACUGAAAGCCAGUCUCCGUGCCACUCGACCUGUGCUUGAUGAUGCUGAGCAGAAGCAGAUCCGAGAUCAAGAAGUCAACAAGUGGCUUGUUGAUCUCCAAGAUGCUCUUUAUAUGGCUGAUGACUUGCUCGAUGAACUCUCCACCAAAGCUGCCACUGCCACUCCCACUCUCACUCAGAGGGAUCCAGGUAACUCUUCUUCUUGGUCUCACUAUGUUGAUUCAAUUUUGGAAGAUAGUGAUGAUGAUGAGAUGGGGGUUGUAACUAGCAUGCAAGAAAUAGUUGACAAACUAGAGUCUAUUGUCGAAGAGAAAGAUGAUCUUGGUUUGAAAGAAGGGGUUGCCAAAGAUUUGGAGGACAUGUCAUGGAGAAUUCAAUCAUCUCUGCUUGAAAGUUCUGAUAUAUAUGGCAGGAACGAUGACAAGGAGGCCAUCAUAAAAUUGUUACUAGAUGAAACUUGUGAUGAUAUAUUGUCUGUGAUCUCUAUAGAAGGUAUAGGUGGAAUUGGAAAGACUACUUUAGCUCAGUUAGUUUACAAUGAUGCCAGAGUGAAGGAGAAGUUUGCCAUUAAAGCAUGGGUGUGUGUUGCUACAAAAUUUGAUCCUGUUAAUGUUACCAAGUCUAUAAUGGAAGACAUGGCUUCUCCUUGUAAUAGGGUUAACUUGAAUUCAAUUCAAACCGAAUUGAAGGAAAAGUUAACAGAAAAAACAUUCUUGGUAGUUUUAGAUGAUGUUUGGGAUAACCAGCAAAAUUUGUGGGAUAAUUUUCUAAAACCUUUUUUGAGUGGAAAUAAAGGAAGUAAAAUUCUUUUAACUACUCGUAAUAAAAAUGUUGAUUCUGUAGUAUCAACUACAAAUCUACAUUAUAAACUAGAUACAUUGUCCGACAAAGAUUGUUGGUCUUUGUUUUUAAAACAUUCAUCUAUUUCUACUAGUUCUAGACAAUAUGUAAUCUUAGAACAAAUUGGUAAAAAAAUUGUUGAAAAAUGUAAGGGAUUACCUUUGGCUGUGAAGACACUUGGGGGUCUAUUGCGUAGUAAGGAUAAAGUAGAGGAUUGGGAGAAUAUACUGGACAGUGAAAUUUGGGAGCUUCCGGAAGAUGAGAGUAAGAUUGUUGCUGCAUUAAGAGUUAGUUAUCACUAUCUUCCUUCAAAUUUAAAGCAGUGUUUUGUUUAUUGCUCAUUAUAUCCCCAAGAUUAUCAAUUUGACAAAGACGAAUUAAUCUUGCUGUGGAUGGCUCAAGAUUUUGUACAACCAAUAGAAAAUUACACAUUAGAAAAUAUUGGUCGUGCAUAUUUUGAUGAAUUAGUUGCAAGGUCAUUUUUUCAACCUUCUACUAAAAAUGUUAGCUUCUUCGUAAUGCAUGAUCUCGUGCAUGAUUUAGCAACAUAUUUUGCUGGAAAGUUCUAUUUCAGAGUCAGAGAAUUUGGAGACCCAAAACAAAUUUGCAGCAAAACUCGUCAUUUAUCAUAUAUGGUAAAUCGUCAUGAUUCAAUCUUAAGACUUGGAGAGGCCUAUAAGGGAGCAAUCCAUAUGAGAACAUUUCUAAAUGUACAUUUGCUUCAUCCUCAUAAAUUAAUUAAUUUAGAAAGUGAUUCUUGGCUUUUACAAUUACAAAUGAGGUGUUUAAGAGUUUUGUCAUUUAAAUGUUUUUCUAUUGAGUCAUUGCCGAAUUCAAUAGAUAAACUGAUCCAUUUGCAUUAUUUGGAUCUCUCUUACACAUCUAUUUUGACAUUGCCUGAGUCAUUGUGUAAAUUAUACAAUCUCCAAACGUUGAAGUUGAGUUAUUGUAAGAAACUGGAGAUGCUUCCUAGUCGUAUGCAAGAUCUUGUGAACUUGCGCCAUCUUGAUAUCAGAGGUUCUGAUUCUUUAAACGAGAUGCCGAAGGGAAUGAGCAAGUUAAAGAAUCUGAACUUCUUAAGUGGUUAUAUUGUGGGAAAGCAUGAGGAGAACGGGACAAGAGAAUUGGGAGCACUUGACAACCUUCGUGGCUCACUUUGCAUCUCCAAGUUAGAGAAUGUGAACAACAGCCGUAAAGCUUUGGAGGCGAAGAUGGGUAACAAGAAGCACAUCAACAUUUUAGAAUUAAAAUGGCUUCCAAAAGGUGAUAUUGUUGAUGUUGAAACUGCAAGAGAUAUACUUGACAAGUUACAACCUCACCGAAACUUGAAAGGGUUAUCAAUUGAUGGUUAUAGGGGUGAAAUAUUCCCUGAUUGGUUUGGCCUUCCUUGCUACUCCAAUUUAACCGAAUUGAGUUUGAAGGAUUGUAAGAAUUGUGGUCAGGUUCCUUCACUGGGACAGUUACCGUCUCUGCAGCAUCUGGAGAUAUGGGGACUUGAUGUGUUGGAGAGAAUUGGUGGUGAGUUUUACAGCAACGCUGAAUCAUCUCAUCAGGGCACACCCUUCAGAUCUCUUCAAACUCUGGCAUUUUGUGAUAUGCCACGCUGGCGGGAGUGGCAUAUUCCUGAUGAGUUUGAUGGAUUUCUGAAACUUAAAAGCCUUUUAAUAGAAGACUGUCCGGUGUUAAGUGGAGAUCUUCCAGCUCACCUCCCGGCUCUGGAGGAACUUACCAUUGAUAGAUGCGAAGAGCUUGUGUGUUCACUUCCCAGUGCUCCCAAGCUUCACCAAUUAACUGUAAAGGAUUCUGUGUUCUUCGGGAAUGCCGCACCGCACAAGAUACUAAUUAAAAAAACCCAGCUGGCGAAGUCCAUAUUGGAGUGCCUGCCCCAUGUCCAAUCGCCGUGUCUCCAACGUUUGGAAAUCCAGCAGUGUAGGUCAGCCAUAUCAAUUUCAGGAGAUUGUUUGCCCGAUUCAUUACAAUUUCUUAGAAUAUGGGAUUGUUCAAAAUUAACGUUCUCAGAGCAACUGCAACACAAGUCCCUAACGGAGGUAGUUGUGAGCAAGUGUGAUUCACUGACGUUGUUUCCAUUGGCAGCCCUUCCAAAUCUCAAGACACUGUAUAUCUCAGAUUGCCCAGAAAUGGAUUGUUUUGGAGAGGAGGGCCUGCCGCCGAGCUUGACAACAAUUGCGAUCUCUAAUUGCCAGAAACUAGAGAGGUGGAUAACAUCAAAGGGUUUGCAGAGUGAAGGCCUUAUCCAUCUUAGCCUUCGAGAAUGGAAUGAAGUUAAGUCGUUCCCGAGAGAGGGUUGCCUUCCUGCUUCCCUCAAGUAUCUACAUUUGUCGUCCUUUUCAAAUCUGGAGACGCUAGACUGCAAGGGACUUCACCAACUCACCUCCCUCCAAAAAUUAACAAUUGAAGACUGUCCAAAGCUGGGGAAUAUCACACAAGAAAACCUGCCUGCCUCCAUAUCAAAACUCCACAUCUGGGGACAAUGUCCUUUGAGGAGUAAGCUGGAAGAGAUGAACGACCCACGGAUUCAAUUUGACACAUACUAGGAGGACUAGUUUCGUUGAUCUCUGCAACAUGCAAGGAUUCUGUCUAUUAAUAUGUUAAGGAGGAGGUUUCUCAUGAUUCUGACCCUGAAAUACAAUAUGGAUUUCUUUGCUGGAAUUGCUGAAUCUAUGACUGGGACUGCCAUUCAUUCAAGUUUCAUGGUCAACCAUCACUAGUUCAUUAAGUCCAAACUCAGUUUUACCAAGGAACACCCUGAGUUUGAGUUGGGAACUUAGGAAUAAGUGUUGGUUGUAACACCCAUUCUGUAUAUUUUAGUAAGGGUAUUAAUUUCUGCUUUGCUCUUUCUGUUUGAGUCUGUUUUGAAUCUCUUUCUCUAUUGGCUAGUUUCCUCGCAUAUAUAAGAUUGCCUUUUGUAUCUUAUGUAUAAUCAAUG